CCGGUGUUUAUAUCAGAGAUUAAAGGCCACUUGACGCUCCGCCCCCAGGGCCGUGCCUCUAACCUCUGCCCUGGGAACAUUCCGACCUCAAGGUCCGCUCCGCGGGACCCAGUUUCAGCAGCCAAGGGUGCUGACACCCCGGAUCUAGCUUCAGAAUCAAAUGCGAAAUGUUUCCCGAAAUCUUCUGUGCUCUCGCAGGCGUGUUUGCCAUCCUAGGGCGUUUCCUCGCUUCUCUAGCUAGCCGGAUUCCAGUUCUGAAGAACUAUCUGCCAGAUAUUCAACAGAAGCAUGUAACCUUCAGUGACCGAAAGGGUCUGCAAUGUAUCGCCUCAUUAAUAGCCACCGUAGAGGAGACCCCUCAGUCCAUCCCUGCCAGGACCCAAGGCCAUUUUCCCGAGUGGCUCAACGGUUGUCUGAUUCGGAUAGGACCUGGGAAAUUUGAAUUUGGAAAGGAAAAGUACAACCAUUGGUUUGAUGGCAUGGCUCUGCUUCACCAGUUCAGGAUGGAGAAGGGCGCUGUGACAUACAAAAGCAGGUUUCUGCAGAGUGACACCUAUAAGAUCAACAGCGUUAACAACCGGAUUAUAAUCUCAGAAUUUGGGACUCUGGCCCUGCCUGAUCCAUGCAAGAGUGUUUUGGGGCGCUUCAUGUCAAAGUUUGAGUCCCCUGCCAUGACAGACAAUACCAAUGUCAACUGUGUGAGGUACAAGGGUGAUUACUACAUCAGCACUGAGACCAACUACAUGAAUAAAGUGGAUCCUGAGACCCUGGAAAAAACAGAAAAGGUGGAUUGGAGCAAAUUUGUUGCAGUGAAUGGAGCAACCGCACAUCCCCAUUAUGACCCUGAUGGGACUACUUACAACAUGGGGAACUCUUAUGGACCACAUGGUUCCUGCUAUAAUGUUAUCCAGGUUCCCCCUCAGAAAGAGGACCUCGAGGAGACAAUCCAUGGAGCUCGAGUGAUAUGUUCCAUUCCUUUUGACCAAAAGAUGAAACCUUCUUAUUACCACAGCUUUGGAAUGACAAAAAACUAUGUCAUCUUCAUUGAGCAGCCCCUAAAGAUGAAUCUGUGGAAACUCAUUACUUCCAAAGUUCGGGGGAAGGCCUUUUUGGAUGGGAUCAGCUGGGAACCCCAGCAUAAUACACGGUUUCAUGUGGUGGAUAAGCAUACAGGACAACUCCUUCCAGGGGUAUUUUAUAGUAAACCUUUUAUUAGUUUUCAUCAAAUCAAUGCCUUUGAGGACCAGGACUGUGUUGUAGUGGAUCUGUGUUGCCAUGAUGAUGGUAGAAUCCUGAAUGCUUACCAGUUACAGAAUCUACGGAAAACAGGAGAAGGGCUGGACCAGGUCUACAACUCGGUGACAAAAGCUUUUCCCCGAAGAUUUGUUUUGCCUUUGGGUAUCAGCACAAGGGCCUCAGUGGGACAGAACCUCAGUCCAUUGACCUAUUCAUCAGCUACUGCUGUGAAACAGGCAGAUGGGAAGAUCUGGUGCUCUCAUGAAAAUCUCCAUCACGAGGAUCUGGAAGAGGAAGGGGGCAUAGAAUUUCCCCAGAUCAACUAUGCCCAGUGCAACGGCAUGAAGUACCGAUUCUUUUAUGGCUGUGGCUUUCGGCACCUAGUGGGAGAUUCCCUGAUCAAAGUUGAUGUGGUGACCAAAAAACUGAAGGUAUGGAGAAGGGAUGGAUUUUAUCCCUCAGAACCUGUUUUUGUGCCAAUACCAGGAGCCAGUGAAGAAGAUGGUGGGGUUAUUCUUUCUGUAGUGAUCACUCCCAACCAGAAUGAAAGUGCCUUUCUGCUGGUGCUGGAUGCCAAGACCUUUGAAGAGCUGGGCCGAGCAGAAGUGCCUGUGGCAAUACCCUAUGGCUUUCAUGGAACCUUUGUUCCCAAACAGUAGGGACACUGUCAAGGCCAUGAUGAUGAAGUGGGAAAUGGAAACACCCUGAUACAUUGGUAC